AUGCUCGUCAACAGCGUGAGUUUCUUCCGAAGUCACUGGACAGUGUGGACAGUGCUUGGAGUUACCCACAAGCAAACGAACUGGAAGAGGCUCUACCUCGUCUAUAGCCUGAUCCUGAAUCUGUCUGUGACUGUCUGGUAUCCGCUGCAUCUGGGCUUGACGCUGUUUCGGAAUGCCAACCUCUCGGAUGAUAUUCUGAAUCUGACGACAUUUGCCACCUGCCUGGCCUGCUCACUGAAAUACGCUCUUUACGCCUACAACUUUGAGAAGGUUGAGCGAAUCGAGGAACUACUCGGCCAACUGGAUAGGAGGGUCCAGCGACCGGAGGAGAAAGCUAUUUAUAGCCGACUGAGAACACAGCUGAGAAACAUUCUCUAUGUGUUCAUUGGCAUCUAUCUGCCAGUCGGCGUUUUUGCCGAAAUGGCCUUCCUCUUUCAGGAUGAACGGGGUCUCAUGUAUCCCGGCUGGUUUCCCUUUGACUGGGUUAACUCAUCGCCGAGCUUCUAUGCUGCGCACGUUUACCAGAUUGUGGGCAUCGGCUUUCAGCUGAUGCAGAACUAUGUCAGCGAUUGUUUUCCCGCCGUCGUGUUGUGCCUCGUCUCAGCUCACAUUCAGAUGCUCUAUGUGCGCUUUGAGCAUGUCGGAGUGGACGAUGCUGCCGGCGCUGAGCACCAACUGGAGGCCUGCAUAACGGAUCACAAGCGUCUGCUGGACCUAUAUCAGACAAUCGAGUCAUUCAUGUCGCUGCCCAUGCUCAUCCAGUUUGCUGUGACUGGCUUGAAUAUCUGCGUCAGCAUCGCUGGAUUUCUCUUCUUCGUUACCGAGCCCAUGCUGCGCACAUACUUCUUCUUCUACGCCAUGUCCAUGCCACUGGAGAUCUUUCCCAUUUGCUACUAUGGCACGGACUGUGAGUUCUGGUUUGGCAAGCUUCAUUAUUCAGCCUUUAGCUCCAACUGGACGACUCAGCAGCGCAACUUCAAGAAGAAGCUGAUGCUCUUUGUGGAGCGCUCCUUGAAGAAGAGCACAGCUCUAGCUGGUGGCAUGCUACGCAUUCAUGUUGACACAUUCUUCUCCACAGUCAAGUUUGCUUACUCGCUUUUUACAAUUAUAAUACGCAUGCGAAAAUAA